AUGAGCGGAGAAGGGUCGAGAGAGGACCUUCUAGCCGAAGGAAUCUUGGGGAUUCUGGGACCUGCAGUCGAGCAUGUCGACCAGAAGAUAGCAGACGUCAGGAAAAGUCAGGCAGACCUUAGGGAACAGGUUGACCAGCUUGCAGACGAGCUACGGCAGCUGUCAGAGAAGCAAAAGGUUCCUGUUGAUCUGGACACCUACAUAAGGAAACUAGCCAACUCGAGAAAGAGGGUCCUACUGGUCAAUGACAUCCUCCAAAACGUGCAGGGUCGCGUUGAGAAGCUGCACAAGUCGGUGGUGAGAGAGACCGCAAGACAACGGGCAGCCAUUGAGGCAGGAGGACCUUAGCUCUCUGUGUUUUUGUGUUGGUGUACGUGCAAUUUCUGUACAUCAGUUUGUGUGAAUCACAACACUGGUUUGUAGCUUGUACUCGUGGAAGCCCAGAUUAUCUUGUGUUUCUAAUUUCCAGUGCUUUUCUGUACAGUGUCAUGUCCAGUCCUUCCACACACCGAUGAGCCAGUGCGCGCAGAACCAGACGUCCGCCGCACGUCCGUCCACUUCCGUCCACCUCACCUAUGAACUGGAACAGGGCCCCUUGCGAG